AUGGCUGUAGAAAGGGAGGAGAAUGAGCUUAGUGAGGCGGUUAGAGGGCUGUUUGCAACAGUGAGAGGGGAGCUGGCAGCAGUGAAGGGGGAAUUGGCGGCAACGAAGGGGGAGGUGGCAGCAAUGAAGGGGGAGGUGGCAGCAGUAGUGGCGGAUAAGGCGGCACAGCAGAGUGCACGAGGGUUGGUGUUGGAGAGCAGUACAGAACCUGUCUUUCCUGCCACAACCCCCCUCCCUCCUCUAUUCCUGCUCCCUGAAUUCAUCCUCUCCUCCUGCCGCACAUCACUAUGCAGCCGCACGCCUUGCAUUGGGCUCGCCCCAUCAGCCAUGGCGCGGAUGACUGCAGUGGCCAUGCUGCUGCUAGGGCUGCUGCUCGCCCUCCUUCUUGCCGCUGCCAUCAGCAUCACACCAACUAGCAGGCAGGGACGCUUCAUGCGUAUGCCCGCGAAGCACGCCAAUUUCCAAGUGGAGAGAGUAAAUGGAGCGGUUGGCUCUGCCAUGGCAAGUAUGGCCGGAACAAACGAGUUGAAAGAGGCGAUGGAGAUGAGAAUGAGGGCGCUUGGCGUGCAGUUGGAAGAGAAAAGGAAGGAGUUGGAGGAGGCUGAGAGGAAACGAGUGCCGGAGAUGGGUGAGGUGAGAGGACAGAUGGAGGAGAGGGGGAAGGAUUUGGCAGCAGUAAAGGGAGAGUUGGGUGCAGUGCAGGGGGAGCUGGCAGCUAUGAAGAGGGAGCUAGCUGAACACAAGGAUGCUAUGGCAGAGCAAGUGGAGGCUAGAAAGGAGUUGAGUGAGAUCAGGGAAGAAUUGGCAGCAUUGAGAAGAGACUUGAGGGGGCAGAAAGACUUUGUGAAAAGUCAAUUGGAUGAGGCUGAGAAAAGACACACAGAGAACUUAAUAGAGCUGAGAGGACAGGUGGAGGAGAGGAAGAGGGAGUUGGAGAAGGUUGAGAGGAGACGAGUGGCGGAGAUGGCAGCAGAGCUGGCAGCAGUGAAGGGGGCGUUGGCUGGGCACAAGGAUUCUAUGAUAGAGCAACUCCGUAUGGCUGAGAGAAGAAGGGAAUCAGGUUUGAAAGGUCUAAUUGAGGAGGUUAGAAAGAAAGAGGAUGACAUGAGAGCGGAGUUGGCAAGGGAGAGGGAGGAGAGGAGGAGGGAGGUGCGGGAGUUGAAUUGGCCACGUGCCAUGGAGGAAUUGGCAGCCUGCAGGAGUUGGGUGAAUGUUGAGAUGGGAAUUAUCCGGAAUGAAGUUGAUCGGAAGACUGCAUGGGAGGUGAGUGCUGAAUGA